AUGAUGGCAACCUACAGUUGGUGUGUUCUCGGAUUAGUCGCGAUCAGAGUGUAUGCGUUGAGAUAUUGGAAUGAGCUUGAGAAGAUGUGCUGGCGUUGUUUCUUACUUGAUGAUGGCCUCUCGUAUUUGUUGUUAAAUGUUAUAUUUCAGAUGAUAAAUGUUAUUUUCAUCCUCACCAAAAGCGAUUACAUAGAUGGCUUCGUAAAUAUUACUCCAGCACUUAUAGUUACAUCAAUCUGUUGUCAGAGGCUGACCAUUCUGAGCACAAAUUCAAUUGUCAGUCGCUAUUCCACCUCCUCAAUUUUGCCUUAUUCAACCAAAGAGAAAUCUGUCAACCGCACAAAUCUCACAUCAAUAUCACCUCCCCGAUAUAAUGAAUACACGAUUAGUAAUAUACCCGAAGAGUUCCCUCAACAGUCAUCAACCCCACCAACAUAUCCACCACGAAUUCCUCUGUCCGUGUCAAGAAUCAGUCAAGAUUUCACCAACUCACUAAUUACCAUAUUUAGUAGCUUUAACACGACAGAUAACUUCAUCUCAAAAGAUCGUUUACGAAAUUCUCUCAGAAGCAGUUUUUGGAGUCUCUUUAGUGAGAACGAUGGUGGUAAUAAGUCCUCUGUAAAAAGUCAUAAACUCUCGAAAGGUAGCGGGACAGAAAGCGUAGAAUCCUCUCCGUGCACAAAUACCACUAUCGUGAACUACGACUCGAGACAGAAUUCAAUCCGUGGUCAAGGAAGUGACACUUUUUAUGAGCCCAACGAGUUAUUAUCUCCACCGCAAAAUGUAUAUAACCUCGAAGGUGGAGGGAGGAAAACGCGUCUUUCAAGUUCCAGACCACAAGGAAUAAUACUCGAAGAUCAAGAGGAUAUGUAUUGUUUUUGGUACAGCAAUACGGACAGAGGAAAUCCAAGGGAAGAGAUGUUCCUGUUUCCUCCCAUACCACCAAAUGUUCAAAAUAAUAAUUGUAAUGGUUACGGAAAUAAUGGAAGAGGGGAUUCAAAGUUUUCUUCUCGGAAAAUUGAAACUUUUCAACAGUACUAUCGUGACGGUUUGACUGCAUUUAAAGAGAAUGAUUUUAAAGGAGCCCUCGUGCUUUUUAAUAAGGCGAUAACGCUAAAUCCAAAGAAUAUUCAGCUAUACGAUUGUCGCGCAGCGACACGCGAAAAACUCGGUCAACUGAAAGAUGCUCAACAAGACGCUGAGACCAUGAUGAGAUUAGACAGAUCAUCAGCAAAGGGAUAUCUCCGUGCUGGUAAAUUGUACCGGUUGUUAAAUCAACACGAUAAGGCACAAGAGGUUUACAAUCUCGGAGAAAUGAACAUUAAGAAGAAUGAUCCUCUUUACGAGACUAUCAGAACCUACGUGGGCAGAGGAAGGUUAGGCGUUCGGCAAGUGAUUUGUCCUCGCGCCCAAAAACUCACCAAUGCUACCUUGAAACACUUAAGAGCCACAUUCGGAAUUCGUCUUCAGAAGGUUGUGUUGACUCACAACUCUUCAAUUACCAAUGAUGCCAUCGUCCCCUUCAUUCGCGCAAUUGGCAGUCAUUUGAAAUGGAUUAACCUGUCGGACACAAAUAUCAUGGAUAAAGGGGUUGUGGCAAUAUUAUCGACCUGCUCGAAAUUGGAACUUUUGGACCUGUCACAUUGCAGCAAGAUUACUGCUCAAGCAUUUGAUCCAGGGAAGAUACAAUGUCGAGCUACUGGAAUGCGCGUCAUUAAAUUGGAUUAUUCAUAUGUGGCCGAAGUCGUGAUAACUUUCAUGAUCGCGAUAUUUCCAAAGCUCACAAGUCUUGGCAUUCGCGGGGUUGUCGGGUUAACAAAUGAAUCAUUAGUCAAACUUGCUAACUUUCCGAACCUAAAUUCCCUAUACUUGGAGGGAAAUACAAGUAACGGAGGAUCAUUGUCCAUCAACGACGCAUUCAUCUCACUUGCCAGUUCCUGCCCGCCGCUUCGUGAAUUUUCCCUUGAGCGAUGUACCAUUUUGACGGAUAAUUGUGUUCGAAAUUUGAUAGCAUCUUGCCAUUUAGAAGUGCUAGAACUUAAUGGUGACAUUCUAUUAACAGAUGAGACAAUGCAAGACAUCGGUGCAUACUGUAAACGAUUGAAGAUUUUGCGUAUUGGGAAGUCACCUGGAAUAACUGACAAUGGAGUUUUGUCACUAUUCGUCCCCGGAGGGGAGAUUUCGCUGGAGGUGGUUGAUCUUCGGCAAAACUCCAAUAUAUCCAACAUUUCUUUAGAGAAAAUUGCCGACAACUGCGGCAACCUUAAAGAACUUAACGUGCAAUGGUGUGGCAAAAUAACCGGGAGUGGUGUAGCCUAUUUGGUUGAGAAACGCGGGAAGACCUUAAAGCAUCUUUUCUUGGAAGAGUGCUUUAAUGUGUCGCCCGAUGCAGUCGAAUAUGCCAGAAAAGUGAUCGGAUCUCAUGGCGGAAAG